CCCUGUCGUUGGUUGAUCUAACUACGAAGUUCGCGCAAUGGUCGGCAAAUCCCCUUUUUGGCUCCGCCGUGGCGUCCUGUCGCGACUUGCUUCACUGUGUGAGACGAACAACAGAUGUUUCGAAGAGCUGCCCGUCUCCGUAGGAGUGAGGAGGGGAUGGAUCAUGCAUGUGUCACAGGCUGCCGCCAAGACGAGCAGCCAGGCGUAAGAGGCACGGACCAGAGGAUGAAGCUUGGCUGAUGCGACUGGCAGCAAACAAAGGCAAGUGGGAAAGCGCCGAGGAAAGGGUGCUGUAGGUGCAGAGCUACAUGUCAUAGUCGCCCGCCGGUGGCAAACUUGCGAUCGACCGAGGUGGGAUACAAGAGGUGACGACACCAUUGAAUGCACAAGGUUAGCAAGGGAGCGCGGCCGAGGCGGCAUCGCACGGGCACACACCUCGUUCUGGUACCUGAAGUUAGUUGCCAACUUUAGUGCCUCGUAGGUUCAGAGGUACAGUUCUACGAGGAAUAAAACAGCUGAGCUGGGCGUCGCGGCCCCUGCUGGAAAUGGAGCUGGAGGGGUCGAUGGUGGCGGGGCACGCGCGCUGACGACAGUGCUCUAUCAUCUCAGCAAACCCGCCCGCUACAUCCAUACAUCAAAGUGAGUUUCUGGAACUCGCACCAACCACCCAGCUGCUCUCCUCACCGCACAACUCGCAGCGUCUUUCACAGACUCGUUUGUGCAAAGCCCCCGGUGGCACACCAAGCCCGACUCAUUCGUUGACUCUGUGCACCUCCAACAUCCCCUCCGUCCCGAGCCCGUGCCGACACAAUGUCGUCAUUACCGCUGCCGCGGGGCAGUUGGCUCCUCGUGCUCUGCGUCUGCCUCGUCGUACUGCCAGGCAAGGCCGCCGCCUUUGGUGCCGGAAACAUCCCCUCCAUCGCACAAGUGCGUGCUGCAGACCUUCGUCCCUCCUCAAAGAAUCCAUUGCUGAUGACGAGCGGCAGGUCGAGGGCCACAACUGGCGCCAUGGAGGUACGGGUCGCCAACGGGGGGGCUGUGCGGGCUAAUGCGAGGUUAUACUGACAAGCGGCAGACAUCGAGGAUAUGCUUGCCAGCCUCGCCUUCCUCCACGGGAAGAAGUGGAGUUCGAUGCUCAUUAAGCGCACGUACUUUGGCAACUGGCUGCGCGACUACUCGCAGGCCGUCGACGUGGGCAGCUUGAAGGGCGUCAAUGCCGCCACCAUUCGCAUUUUGGUCUGGGUCCUUUCUUUCAUGGCAUUUGGCUAUGCCACGGACGAGUUCGAAGUCAACGAGGAACGCCUCGGCUGCUACCGCCCCGAAGAGCACAUCGACAACCCCAAGGGCUACGCAGAUGGCCUUGAUGCGCGCAAGUUCGACCCGCGCCUCCGCGGCCCCGUCGAUCCCGUGGAGACAGAAGUCGAUCUCAAGACCGGCAUGAAGAAUUACAUCGCCAACGAGACGGGCCACUGGGCUACCAGCGCAGGCUACCUCCGGUUCAGCUUUGCUCGUAGCAUCCACUUCGGCCGACUGUACACCUGCGGCGCGCAGGGCAAGGGCAAGGAUGAGAACCUGUGCGAGGCUCUUCGGUGCCUGGGCCAAGCUCUGCACUGCAUGGAGGAUUUUGGUGCCCACAGCAACUACUGCGAGCUUGCCCUCCGCGAGCUCGGAUACCAUAACGUGUUCCCACACUGCGGCACGCAGGCGGAGAUUAACAUCCACGGCAAGAGACUGUACCCCAUCGUCACGGGCACGUUCGGCGCGGUCGACUUUUUGCACUCGGUCAUCGGCGAGGCCAAUGAUCACUUCACCCAGUCCGAGGUUGACGAGGUCGACGUCGCGCUCAAGAAUGCGGAGGCGGCCCGUGGCGGCGGCGGCUCCAGCUCCAGGGGUCUCUUUGACGGCUCGGGACCCGGCGACUUCAUCUCCCUCAUAUCCAAGCUUCCAGACGUUGGCUCCGGGUAUGCCGAUCAGGCAAGGAGCCUGAAGGCUGCCUCGGAGGCUCAGGAACGAGAGAACCAGGAGCGCAGCCGCGCGGGAGAUAACGUCAACCUCGUCCCCGGCAUGAGCCCCAACUUCGACCCAGUCAAGACCGCGGGUCAGAUUUACCCCAUUCUCCAGUUCAGAGACAAGAUCGUCAAGGCGAUCAGCAGGGGCAUAUCCAAGGUCCCGGGUCUCGAGAAGCUCAUUGAGCACAUCAGCGAGACGCUCACGGCCUUUGUCCUGGGCCUCCUUGCGCCCUUUAUCCGACCCAUCAUCAACCAGGUCUCCAAGGUCCUGAAGGACGGGUCCUCGGGCGUCAUCAGCGCGAGCUCCAACUCGCAGCUGGAGCCGUGGGACAACCCGCGCUGCUCCGACCCGACGCAUUCCAUGCUGUCCAAGGACCACUUCACCAACAUCCUGAACUCUUGCGCCGGUCGCGUGGCCACCACGAUUCUUCAGUAUGCUGUGCCACGCGUUCUCUUUGCGUGGGAAAACCCCAACGUCCCCGUUGACGAGGUGGUCAACGACGUUCUUCGCGCGUUCCACCACCCCGCUCUCCGCGACGAGAGCAUCGAGAUCCAGCGGGAUAUGUUCAAGACGGUCAGGAUGUGGGCCGAUGAGCACCCUCGCCGCAACCAGCUGGACCAGCUCCUGUCGUCCGAGUCGGUCAAGAAGGGCAAGAACCACGUCCUCAGCCAGCAGAACAAGGGCGGUGCCGGUGGCCACGGCGCCGGCGGCCAUUCGCACGGCCCAUGGGAGUCUCUGAGCCAGCUCGGCCACGGGAAAGUGUCCGGGUCUCUGUGGUCGCAGGUCCGCACGCGCGAUCUCGACUCCAUGGAGGGCCGCGACGGAGACGCCUCGGCCAACUACAUGUCCUCGUCGCCCGCGCCUCCCUCCAGCCAGCGGCCGACUCAGCCGAGCUAUGGACAAGGAGAGAGCGCAUCGUACAUGUCCCAGAGCGGCAACCUGCAGCCCGGUCCGCCAGGCGGCUAUUCCGGCCCUUCACCUCAGCCUAGUCAGUAUUAUGGUGGAGGAGGAGGGGGCGGCGGCGGCCCCGGCUACAAUCAGCCCCCUCCUCCGGGACCGUCUCAAGGAUACGGUGGCCCAGCUCCCGGGGGCCAGUGGGCGCCUUCGGGCCCGCCGCCGCCGCCGCAAGGGUACGGCGGUCCGGGGUACGGAGGCCCCGAGUACGGCGGGCCUCGGCCGACGGGGCAGUAUCCCCCCUACCAGCAGGGUCCUCCUCAGCAGCAGCCGCCACCCUCAUGGGGCACGUACCCCGGACAACAACGCUACUGAGAUGCGGAUGGCAAGGCAUGGCGCUUGGUGGAGAUGGCGGUAACUUAAGGUGGGACUUGCAGGCUGAUGGGCACGCGCGCCAUCAACGACUGUCGUGAGGGCUUGACGAAAAGGAAAAUUUGGCUAUGUGUAGAGUCCUUGGCUACAGGAAGGCACGGGUUUUAGCCUGGAAAGUAAAGAAGAGGAAAAGGGAAAAAAAUAAAGCAGCAAGGCUUUUUUGCAUAUGCUUGUCGUCUUGUCUAUUCUCGUGGGACUGGGCUCUCUACCUGGCCAGCCGGCAUGUCUGUACGCUAUGUAGCUUCAUUAUGCAAGUCGUCAAAGAAGAAGAAAAGACUUCUUCCUCCCUCCCG